CUGGCAUGGUUGGCUUUGCUCAGCACGGGUCUGUUCAUUGCUGGGCUUGCGAUUGGCUGGGGCCCCAUUCCCUGGCUCCUCAUGUCAGAGAUCUUCCCUCUUCGUGCCCGCGGAGUGGCCAGCGGAGUGUGCGUUUUCACCAACUGGGGCUGCGCCUUCCUGGUCACAAAGGUUUUCCACCAGCUGCUGGACCUUCUCACCUCCUAUGGGACCUUCUGGUUAUUUGCUGCUUUCUGUGGACUUAAUGUCCUUUUCACCAUCCUCUGUGUCCCUGAGACAAAAGGGAAGACUCUGGAGCAGAUUGAGUCUUAUUUCCAGCAAAGUCCAGAGCAAGAAAGACUCCGCGGCACCAUCCAGUUAAGACGCCGCUAG